AUGUUAAGAUCUAUUAAUAGAUUAAUAAAUAUUAAUAUAAAUAGUAAUAGAUAUAAAUUAGGAUAUAAAAGUUAUCAUGCAAAUAGAUUUUGUUCGAUAUCUACCAGUUCUACAACACCCUCUUCUUCGUCAGGAGCAACAAUAUUAGAAUCAAUUAAAAAUAAUAUUAUUCAAGAUAUAGAAAACAAUAGUAAUGAUAUCAAUAGUGAUAAUAGAAAGUUUGAUGUGAAAAAGAAAUUAGAGAAUGUACCUUCGUUAAAUGAAUUCAUGAAAAACAAUAUUGAUAAUCAAAAUGGUUUGGUAGAGGAUACUGGAUUGGAUGUAAAUCAUAUCCCACCGUAUUUGGAGAUUGCCGAUGCCAGUGGUGAAGGAAGAUCGGUAUUCGUUGAGAGUUAUGGUUGUCAGAUGAAUUUCGCAGACACGGAAAUCGUGUACUCUGUCAUGCGAUCCGCUGGAUACACUGUUGCCGAGAGUGCAAAGUCAGCCGACAUUGUAUUCCUAAAUACCUGUGCGAUUCGUGAGAAUGCAGAAGACAAGAUUUGGUUCCGAUUGUCGGAACUCAGAAAACAGAAGCGUCGACAAGGCACGGUUAUUGGUGUUUUGGGUUGCAUGGCAGAACGUCUGAAACAAAAGUUGUUGGAAUCAAACAAGAGUGUAGAUUUGGUGGUUGGACCGGAUGCAUAUCGUUCCUUACCAUCGUUACUCUCGCGUAUUGAAGAUGGCGAUCAAACUGCAAUCAAUGUAAUGCUAUCGGCCGAUGAGACAUACGCCGACAUCGCACCAAUUAGAACAAACAGCAAUGGAGUAUCCGCUUAUGUUUCCAUUAUGAGAGGAUGCAACAAUAUGUGUUCCUAUUGUAUAGUUCCAUUCACCAGAGGUAGAGAAAGAAGUCGUUCCAUACACUCGAUCGUCGAUGAAGUUAAACAGCUGUCGGCAGAUGGUUACAAAGAGAUUACAUUGUUGGGACAGAAUGUUAACUCUUACAAUUUCAUAGACGAGGUAGUCGAGCCAUUGGCUGAAAAAAAGGAGAAAGAGGUGUUGACACCAAGAGAAGGAUUCAAUACUAUUUAUAAAUCACCAAAACGUGGUGUUACUUUCACAGAACUAAUGGACAAAGUUUCUCUGGUGGAUCCAGAGAUGAGAAUUAGAUUUACCAGUCCACAUCCUAAAGAUUUUCCAGAUGCUCUGAUCGAGUUGAUCAAGCAACGACCGAAUAUAUGCCAACAACUACACAUACCCGCACAAAGUGGAAAUACAGAGGUGUUGGAAAGAAUGAGAAGAGGAUACUCGAGAGAAUCAUAUCUUCAGCUGAUCGAUCUCAUUCGUCGUGAACUGCCAGACGCCGCCAUCUCAUCGGAUUUCAUCAGUGGUUUCUGCGGAGAGACUGAAUCGGAACAUCGCGAUACCAUUUCACUGUUGAAUGCGGUUGGCUAUGAAAAUGCAUUUAUGUUUAUGUAUUCGCUGCGUGAGAAGACACAUGCUCAUCGUACAAUGGCAGACGACGUCGAUGUCGAAACGAAAACAAGAAGACUCCAAGAGGUAAUCGAUACCUUCUAUAGCAACCUACGUGGCAAAUCGAAAGCAGAGAUCGGAAGACGUCAUUUGGUGUUGGUGGAUCGUAUCAGUCGUCGUUCAAAAGAUCACUUUGUCGGUCGUACCGAUACCAACAAGAAAGUUAUCAUCCCCAAUACUCCAAUCGUUAAUCCAAGCAACUCCAACAAUAUGGAGGAUAUAAAACCAGGUGACUAUAUAAUGGUUGACAUUGUAGAUGGAUCAGAGAUUACAUUACAAGGUAAACCAAUUUGUAAAAGUGGAAUUCAACAUUUCAAAAAGAAUAAAUCAAUUUUAUAA